UGUUUUUUCCUUUUUUAUUUUUUGCAUUUUUUCCUCUCUCGCCAAAAGGUGCGAAACUGCGAAGGUGGAAUGCUAGUGGGUUCGCGAAUCCGAGAGACGCGCCUGGACCGCCUGUGUGUGCAGAUCAAACAACGUAAUAUCAUAAAACGGGUCGCGCUGCUCCAGCACUGUGAAAAUUCAAGGUCGGCCCCACUGUUUGAUUACAAAUUCCAAAAGCGGUAGAGUUUUCGGAGGUGUGCAAGGCAAGGGCGCCGGUCGCGGUUUGCGCGCAGCUAAAAAGCGGCGCCGCGAUUAUUUUCCUUAUUUUGUUUCCGACUGAUCAAUCAUCUAUAGCAAGAAAGAUAAGCAUAGCCUUUGACUCAUGUAUAUAAAAAUUCCAUUGCCGAUUUCCUUGGUGUAAAAGUUGACAUUUUUGUUAUAAAAAAUGCUUUAGAUAUUUACAUCUGACCCUGCCAUAAAAGCGUUCAGGCAGCAUUAUAAUUAUACUGCUGUGGAAAUUAAAAAGCCAAUGUAAAUUUUGGCGCAUAAAAAUAUUCACCUGGAUCGUUUAUUUUGACAUCAUCUUUCUGCUUAGCUUGUAAAAAAUAAUAACGUAUAACGCCCCUCCAACCUCUCUUAAUCAAAAUUUUACUAUGUAAAUAUUUCUCACCAUUAUAUUUCGUCGAAGUGGUCCUCUAUGAUCCUUCUUAUCAAAUCUGAUUUUCAGAAAUUCGUGCCAGUGUGUCAGCGAUGAUCUUUUUUGUCAGGCCGGCAGUAUCGUCUCAUCUCGUUGAUAUGUCGAGGUCACUAAUGAGCUACGAUCUCAAAACAAAAAGUUUAUUGAUUCUCUUUGAUUCAGCUGCCGCGUCCGCCCGCGAGACCAAACAACAACACAUGGAGCGCACUUUACUAAAUAGUCACUUCCUUCUCUCAUGAAGGUUAGAGGCAGACUGGUAUAACUAUUGAGUAGAGCCAACACCGCGAGCGGCGCGCCGGCACUUCGCCAGCCUGUUGCGCGGAGGGGUCUUCGAGUCAUUAUACACAAGCCAGCCAGAUGCCCCUUUGCUCACUCAUUGCCUCAAUUUUAUUACACACUAGUCAGUAUAAUAUGGUCAGUCAGCAUCUGCAGCUCGUUGGUGGUUAAUUAAGAAAAGUUAUCUAGCUGUUAUCUCAUUACAGUCUGCUCAAGAUUUUUUGAGCCGCAAAUGUUGUCAUUUUCCAUCAGAAUCUGCUAUUCUGCUGUCCUUUAAUUUCUGAAACUACUAAAUUAAAACUGACGUUUUUAUUAAUUUAAAGCUCUGAUUAAAAUUUGGAUCCAACAAAGAUUGUGAAAAUUUAUUGCACUAACAUUUGACAUAAAUGCAAAUGAUAAUAUUGAUAAUUAAAAUAAAGGCAUGCAUUCUCGAAGCUGAACAGUUAAAUAAUCUAUUUGUACGAAUCAAUUUGUUUGUAUAAAAAAAACAAUAUGAAAAGUGUCAUUUAAAAAAAUUAAUGUGGACUUGCGUCUAACCUAAUGUUCAAAAAAAUAUAUUUAGAAAUUUCUGCAAUCUUCAAUUGAGAGGAAGCUUCAAUUCAAACUCAAGCUAGAGGAAUCGAAAAAAUCCUACCCGGCAGGAGCGAAAUUUUCCCCAGCAGCGUCAAGAUUAAAAUAUGACAUUUAUAAUUGAGACUAACCAAAAAAAAAACAGAUAAACAGCAUUAAUUUAACUGUGUUAAAAAUAAAUCGAUUAUGAUAUAUAGCUCGUCUUGAAUAUUAUAUGAAACUGAUUUGUACUUUCUCUGGAAGUCUCAUGAGUAAUUUUCAUAUUGCGUCCAUUUUAAAAAUACACAAAUUGAAAUAUGUUCUUUCUUAUUUCUGAGAAUUUUUGCCACGUUAGGAUUGUCUAGAGAAUUUAAAUUUCAAUUUAUUCUCUUAUCUUAUCUCUGGUGUGCUUUGUGGCGGAUUGUGGGUGGACUUCCUGGUGGAGUGGCGGGAAAAUAGUGCGCUUUGAUUAUAGCCAGUGAAAGGGAGAAUCUUGAAUUCUGAAAGUUUUUGGAAUCAGUGCAAUGCAUGAAGAAACGAUUGAACAUCGAAAAGCGAUAAUAAAUAGCGCCGCGCUCAGUGCCGCACACCCCAUGCACCGAUGAUCAGCACCUUUUUUAGAGGAAAAAUUAAAUAUGUAAUUUUAUAAAAGAGCAAAUUUGGAGAAAUUUAUAUCACCUUUACAUGCAAUUUGAAAUUUGAAAACGCACUAAAUUAAUGAGAAAAGAAGUAAAUAUAUAUGUAUCAAAAAAUUAUGCAUUUAAAUUCUAGAUGUCCGCAAGUUCAAAUAUUAGGCAUGCAGUCAACACCGCCUUAUCAAGCAAGACAAACUAUUAUGUACACGGUUGCAUGGAGCUCGACCGAUCAUUCAAAAACCUGCACCUCAUCAGCCAUGAAUCAUAAGCAAUUUUAAAGACUCCAUAAUUAAUUUGUGCAUUGCAAAUAUUUUGAUUGGUUUAAACUAGUGAUUUCAAACCGACAUUAAAAAGUUUUUAUUGGAUCCUAUAUUAAUAAAUUUUAUAGAAAAUAAUAUUUUAUGAAUAUAUAUUAUUCUUCUAUAGUUACAACUAAUUUUUCUUUGAUGAUUUAUAAAGAAAGUUUAUCCUGUGAUUCAGGUUAUACUUCAAAAAUCCUAUUUGUUUUUCUUUACAAAGCACUGCAAUGUAUCCAAAAAUUAAACAAUAGAUUUAAAAUAAUUCAAAUUUAAGCCAUAAUUCAUUAAGUAAAAAAUUUUGUAGUUAUUAAUUCUCCUUUGAUUGAGUUAAAUUUAUUAUUUUAUUUUAAUGCCCAAUUAUAUAUAUGCCAGCAUAAAUAAUACCAAUCUUUUUUUUUCCCGCCGCCUAUCUUGGGGGAGGAGCCAAAUUCCGCAUGCCUGACUAUAGAUUUCCUAGUCAGCGAAAAGGCCGAAAAGCAAUGCGAAAAGCGAAACAGCCUGAGUCCUCUCUCCUCUCCCUGGUGAGAAGACCGAGUCCACUGACUGUGAGAAGUCGAUCUCGUCCAUUCUUGUCCACACCGCCUGCGUAUAAAAAUUCGCGUCAUCUCCACAAGUUCCACACAUGUAGCUCGGUUUUUGCAACCAGAAAAAGUGCAAGUGCAGCGUCACUUCUAAUCUGUCUUCUCUUCAGUUUUACUCCUGGACAGAUCGACAGAUCACGUCGACGUGUGGUCAGGUACAUUGUGUGUGCAGUUCGGUCCCGCCGGGCCCGCAGAUUCGUUCGGAAGUUUCAAGACUUUGUAGUGUAAAUUGAGAUACCGAGAAUCGAGAUUUUCUCUGAUUAUAUUUUCUUGAUUUUAUUGAUGUUAAGAGUUUCAUUUUGCAGAAAACAUGUCAUCCAGCAACGAUGAAUUUCUAGUACCCAAAAAUGCUCUGUCUGAUUAUUUGGUCGAAAUUGUCGACACAGUCGAGGAUGUGUCGAAUUGGGAGCAUAAAGCACCAAAACGCCGCAAAUUGCGUGAAAAUGUGGGCAAGCUGAAGGAUAUGCCAGCAAACGCCAUUGAGUUGCUGGCGGUUGUCAAUCUUAUUGACACUUGCAAUAAAAUGCCUGGCCCGAUCAAAUUGGCUGUUGAAAAGAGGUUGAAGGAAUGCAACUGGAUUGUUCUUGUGCCAGAUGUCAUGAUUGUACCAACCUCUUACCCUGAUGACAUUGAGAGGGCCAUCGCAAAAGGCUCACUGAGCAGCCUGAGACCAGCUCGUAUUUUCGUAUACUCCUGGUUUGAAGGAAUGGGUUUGAGUGCUGACAUUGACAACGCCACACUAAGGAAAACUGUGUCUAAAGAUGUGGUGGAAAGGAAAACUAGAGGCACUGCUGGGGAAGGCAGUAACAUGCUGAAGGAAAAGCAGGCUGCAGACUGGCGCAAAGCUUCGUCCAUAUUUACCGUGCCUGGGAAGGCUCUUGCAAACUGCCUCCAUGCACUCUUUGACUUCUACGUAGCCAAGCUGAAGAAGCAGGAGAGAAAGAAACUUCCCCUCAACAGGAUCAUUUUCACCGUCCUUGCAUUCUGGAAUAACAUCAUGGACACGGGAGUCAUGAAUUUGAUCACCUUGGAACAGGAAGUGAAGAAAAAGCUCUGUUCAUCUGAAGUUGUCAAAAUUGACAAAAAUGGUGUUGGAUGUCCCACAAAUCUGCCUGGAGAAAUUCAACGAGUGCUCAAAAUUGGUGUGGAAGCUUUGGAAGUCCAUCAUCUGGCAGUUGUUUUCAACUUCCAUAAGCCAGACCAGAAACUUAAUAUGAAGCAUGCCAAGUUUGUCGACGAGGUGGUCGAAAUCUUGUGUGGGGAUGAUUUCAAAGCUGCCUUGGGAGAAGAUUCGGACAAUGAUGAAGAGGAGUGUGAAAGUGAUGAAGACGACUCUGAAAAUGAUUACAAAAAGUAAUCGUUUGGUAUGUGCAACACGUACCAUAUGUUAAUUUUCUUUUCAAAAAGUUGCUUAUAUUUAUUUUUAAAUGGCUUGCGCAGGAACAAAUUCUCAAUUAGUUUGCGGCCGGAACAUUAGUAAUUUUAUUUGUACUCUUGCAUUCACAAGAGCCUGAAAUGGAAUUUUUGUGUGUUCAAAUCCAAUAUGUAGAAAUUUAAUUAUAGAUCCAAAAACUUAUUGACCGAAAGCUAAGUCUGUAUAAUUUAUAAGUGUGUGCUUUCAACAAAUUUAAGGUUUCUUUAUACAAUGAACUUUGUAAAAAAAAGACCGGUAGAAAAUAAUAAUAGUUAAGAAAUAAAAAUAAGCAAAAGGAUCCGAUUUUAUUUAUGCUAUUAAAACUUAAAAGCCUUCCCGAGAGCUGCCAACAAAGCCACCGGAUUGAAGUGAAAGCUCCCUCACAUUUUGCAAACUUUUGGAAGUUUGUUAGCAAUUUUUUUAAGAGCCCAAACAAAUUAUACUAUUUUUCUAGCAAAAAAGCUGGAACGACUGUAAUACCCUGCAAAAAGUUUCUAAUUAUAUAUAUUGUACAAUUCCCACGAAUUUUGUGCUCCUGCACAAAAAAUUUAAUGAUCUAAAUUUUUUUAUAAGAUUUUGUAAUUUACUAAUUAUUUUUCAAUCAAAACGUCAAAUCAA